ACGAUGGCACAGAACUCUUAUCUGAUAUACAUAAGCACUUACUACGACUGGAGCUAAUUGGCAUUAAGAAACCUCGGCAAACAUAAUGGGAGAGUCACAUCUAUAUUGUCAGGCUUCUCAAGAGGGACUUCAUUGCCACGGCGAGCAGCGCAAUGACAGCGUCAGAGCCCAAGACGGAGACAGUUCCAGGGCUACUGAACGAACAAAAUGGUAAACCUCACAAACCGCCUGUAUCCUUCGAAGAUGCCCUUGAUCUCGCAGGACAUGGCAAGUUCCACCUGUUGUUAACCCUGGGCUGCGGCUUCUGUCUUGUUACAAUGGUGGCGGAAGUGUUCGGAACAGCCUUCCUGAUCCCUGCAGCGCAAUGCGAGUUUGAGAUGGGCUCCACAGAAAAGGGGCUCCUCAACGCUUUCGGCUUUAUGGGUAUGAUUUUGAGCUCACAUUUGUGGGGCUACCUUGCCGACACCCGUGGACGCAGAAAGACUCUACUUGCCUCACUUCUGCUAGAUGCCGUCUGCGGAUUUGCGUCCAGCCUCGCACACACCUACUGGCUCUUUUCGGUUCUGCGAUUCUUCAACGGAUUCUUUGUCUGCGCCUCGUCGUCCGUUGUAUUCGUGUACCUGGGUGAGUUCCACUCGGAGUCCACUCGCUCCAGUGCCGUCAUGUACAUGUCUGUCUUCCUGUCCGUGGGAGGUAUCUUUCAGCAAGGUCUGUCGUGGUUGAUAAUACCUCAAGAUUGGGCUGUGGAACUACCAUGGAUAACAUUCAGUUCGUGGAGAGUAUUUGUGGUUUUAAGCUCCCUAACAAGUAUCGUUGCCAUUGCAAUUCUUCUCCUUCUGCCAGAGUCCCCCAAGUUCUUGUUCUCCCAGGGGAAGGAGGCGCAGGCUCUUGACGUGUUGAGACACGUGUACGCCGUAAACGCUGGGAGAGGCGCUGAAGAGUAUCCGGUGGAACGUGUUCUGAUGGACAUUAAUGACACCGGGCCGGUCGCUGUGGCUCAACCGACAUCUGCCCUCGAGAUCGCCAAAAGCAUGUGGCUGCAGACAAAACCCCUUUUCCAACGACCCAACCUGUUGCUGACAACGUUAGCCUGUAUCAUGCAGUUCCUGCUUUGCGGCAGUUUCAGUGGAUUCGCCCUGUGGCUACCUGACCUGUACAAUCGGCUUGCGAUAUACUUGGAACGCCAUCCUGACCACACUGUCACCUUCUGCGAUGUAGUCGUUGCUUUGGCGAACAGCACUGCCCUCACUGACAGUUUCAUGCUUGCAACAGGAACCAACAACCAGACUUCUGCAGAAAUCAGCAAUGUAACUUCUUCAGUAUUAGCGGUGUUGAACUUUAACGACACAGUCGCUGUAAAUGCGGUUGCAAACCACACAGAAGUUACUAUCAAUCAGAAUGUGACGGAUAACAUUAAAACCAACGCGACUUUGAAUGCUACUCUUGGAGUGACGGAAGGGCUGUGGGUUCUCAAUAGCACCGCAGCAACACCCACUUGCAACUCCACUGUCAAUCCAGCAGCAUUUCGGAAUAGCCUUGCUAUAGGACUCGUAUGUAUCGUGGUGUACGCUUUUGCUGGAUAUCUGGUGAAGUUCGCGAAGAGGAAGCCACUUCUGAGUAAGUUAUUUUUUUUAUUACUAG